AUGUGGCGGCCGGCCGAAUCACAUGCCGCGUGCAUUGCGUGCUGCUUCCUCGUCAGCCUUUUGCGGGCGGACGUCCAUGCGAUUGAUUCAACAGGAAUGCCAAAGUUUGGUGAAGAUUUGAACAAUGUGACGGUGCCAGUUGGCCGAGAAGCUAUAUUCAUAUGCAACGUUGAAGGACUAGCAACGUACAAGGUUGCUUGGCUGAGAGUGGACACCCAGACCAUAUUGACUAUUCAUAGUCACGUGAUCACGAAGAACCAUCGGAUCGCGGUAACGCACAGCGACCAUCGAAUAUGGUAUCUUCAUAUCCGGGAAGUUAGAGAAGCUGACAGAGGAUGGUACAUGUGCCAAAUCAACACCGACCCAAUGAAGAGUCAACAGGGUUACUUGCAAGUGGUUGUACCUCCGGAUAUAUUGGACUAUCCGACCAGCACCGAUAUGGCGGUGAGGGAAGGAGGUAAUGUCUCAAUGCAAUGUGCUGCGUCUGGAUUUCCCACUCCCAGUAUCACUUGGAGAAAGGAAGGUGGCCUUUCGAUUUCCUUAAGCCCCAACACAGAUGUGUCCGCGGUGAACGGGCCGUGGUUAAACGUAUCAAAAGUUAACCGUUUACAUAUGGGCGCAUAUUUGUGUAUAGCGUCUAAUGGAAUUCCACCGUCAGUUAGCAAACGUAUCAUGCUAGUCAUACAAUUCCCUCCCAUGAUAUGGAUACAAAAUCAGCUCGUCGGUGCACAAGAAGGUCAAUCGGUCACUUUGGAAUGUACGUCCGAAGCGUAUCCCAAAUCAAUCGAUUAUUGGACAAAAGAUAAAACGACCAUCAUAUCAAACGGCACCAAAUACCACACAGAUCUGAAGGAUAACGCGUACAAAACGCACAUGAAGCUGACGAUAAUAUCGGUAACGUUGUCCGAUUACGGCACGUACCAGUGUGUUUCGAAAAAUUCGUUGGGCGAAACAGACGGCACUAUUAAGCUUUACGCGGUGCCUAAGCCGACGACGACGACAACAACCACCACCACUACGACCACUACGACCACUACGAGCACUACUACCACGACCACAAUGCCCACUUCGGUGUCCGGUCGCUGGUGGACGACUGAGAUGCCUAAAAAAUCGUCUAAAUUCGGCGGAAAGGCGCCCGCCAACGAAGUGGACCGGAGACCGUCGAAGAAGACCGGAAAAUACCAAGACGCCGCCGAUAACAACAAGGACGAUCCGACCGAUGAGGACCAACAGCAGAGUUCGCGGGCAGCCGCCGCCGCCGCCGCCGGCGACAACAAUGGGCGGCCGGCUUUGAGCAAAAAGCAUAAAAACGGAUCUACCAGCGUCCAUCCCGCGCUUGGUGUGACGGCCGCAGUUUGGAUAAUAAUAACACAAAGGAUUUUUCCGUUAUGAAUUCGUACAUUACACGACGUAUAGCUACCACGACCGGGGCGAAAAGGCACAGCGGAGCAGGCGUGCGCGACAUCACUGUUCUGCAGCACGCCGUGAGAAUGGAAGAAAACCAGUGGUUGAAAAAAAGGCCCUUUUUCGUUUGUACAAAAUAUGUAUUUUAAUGUUUUAUUAUGAUAUUAUGAUAUGUUAUACUAUGUAAAGCGUGUAUUAUUAUUAUUAAUACUGUUAUUUUUAAUUUUUUUCGUGAGCCGAUGUGGUAGACGUCAAUUUAAAUAAAAAUAUGUGUAUGAUAUAACUAUUACCUAUAAUGUAUGGAUAUAUUGUAUUGUGUAUAUAGGUACGUGAGUUUAAUGUGUGUUUCGAAUCCAAGAUUUUUAUUAUUUCUUGUAAGGGGCAUGUUCCAAUAUUAUAAGGACAAAACGUUUGGCGCUAAUGGUGCUCUCUGGAAUAAAAUAUAAUUUCCGCCCCAAGGGAGUGAAGGGUUGUGGCUCGUUUGCGAUCUUCGGUGCCUCGCGACGUAUGUAUCCAAGUACACGGUGCGGAUGCCUCAGGUGGGGUGCGAUCGUAAAAGUGUCCCCCGGGAAAAUUGGGUGGGGGUGGGGGAUCACAGGGAAAUAAAGAUAAAAAAAAGGUAAAAACGGAAGAACCGGAAAUAGCAAUCGUUACAUUUUUUUCUUCACUACCCCUCCGUAACGUGCACUCAGUCUUUCAUCCGUUAAGAACAGUCUUUUACGAGCAUACAUUUUUUGCCGUGUCGAAAACAUUGUUAACUUAUACAGCGCGAUAGGUAGGUACCUCCUAGUGGAAAAUAUUGACUCAAAGGCUGUUCGCUAACACGUAUUAUUCGUCUGCUCUCAAGUAACUAUUCUCUUGUAUGGCAUAUUAUAUCCGGAAUAAAAUAAGCAAAAGAUGAUUUUCGUCGCAAGAUCGUUUUUUUUUUGUUGUUGUUAUUUGUUUUAUAUAUGUAUACCAAUACGAGAUAUCAUGUAUAACUUUUUUUCUCUGAGUGUUACACCUUAUGAUGCAAAUCUCCACCAUGAAUACAAAAGCAUAAUGAUAAAAUAAAUAUUUUUAUAAUAUCGUGAAAAACAUUUAUGAAAGAAUUAAAAAUCUUUUUUUGUCGGGCUUGAUGUUUACCUGUUGGACAUUAACGUGUUUUAUUAGUAUUAUUUACAUAUUGUUUUUAUUUUAAAGUUAAUCGUAGCUCCCUUUAUUGGAAUUAUUAAAUAGUUAUAAAAAUUGUCCCCAUAUAAAAUAUUGUAUAAUAAAAUAAUCUAAUAUUCAACUUUUGCUCAAUCGAAUUUACGAUUUUUUUUUUUAAAAAAAACGGUGUUUAUUAAAUUAACUUUUUUUUUAGAGGUUAUCAAUUAAACUUUUAUUUUAUAAUUACUGGUUUUUACUGAACCUCAUUGAGGGUCAUCAAUUACAUUUUGGGAUAAAAUACAAGAUGUGUAUUUUCAGUUUUGUAUCUAAUAUAGCUUACAAUUUUGUUUUACAUAAAUUCAAAAUGAUAAAUAGUCGUAAAUAAAAUUAUAAUAAAACUAUAUUAUGGGAACACAUCGUUAGUUUAUUUCAUGGGUAGGCGCCUAAUGAUAAAUAUUAAAAUAAUAUAAUGAACAAUAAUUGCUUGUACUAUAUAAAUAAAUAAAAAUAAACAAAAACUACUUCAGUUAAUUUUCGUUUAAAAUACUCAUAGUAAAAAAUAUGUAGUCAGUUUCUAUUUGAGCAACGGAUACAAUUUAAUAGUGCCAAGGCUGGGCAAGUUAACUUUUUUAUUUUUUACUAAAUAAUAACAAUAUGUGCCAAAACACGAUAAACAAAUUUGAUAAAAGUACCAUUAACUAUUUAGUUCAAUUUUUGUUUGAUUCAUUUUUUUAGAGAUCAUCGCAUCGAGUUUAUGUAGUAUUGUUAUAUUGUUGAGAGAUUUGACAUUUUUUUUACACAUAAUAUAUAUAUAUUAUACAUUCAUACAUUUGUACAGAACACAAUAUAUUUUAAAUCUAUGAGUAAAAAUGAAUUAACUGAUAACUGAUAAGUAACUGCAUAUCAAGGAAACAGAUUUCAAUCGUUAGGUAUUAGACAUUAGAAAAUACUUUAAUAAAAUUAACACGUUAUGUAGCUUAGUUAAAAGUAACUUCUCUUUAAUUUUAUAACUCGUUAAUGUCCAGCCUUAAAUAAUGCUAAAAAUAUAAACAAGUAUAAAAAAAUAUACUGGUCGCGUAACAGAGCAGUGAUUGUGUAAAAAAUAACCACACAUAUUCUAUUAUUAAUAAUAAUAUUAUUACUAUCUAUAACCGUUAAAUAUAAUAAGUUGUAUGGAGUUUAUAAUAAAUAUAAUAAUAUGAUAUAUUAUAAAUUAUAAUGUAUAGGUAAUUAUUAUCGUGUAAUAAUAAUAAUAUGUGGGGGACGAGGUGGCCGAGUGGUCUAACGCGACGGAUUCGGCACAGCCGGUCCGAGUUCGAUCCUCGACCACUGGGCGGCAUUUUUCUCCGUGCAAGUCACGGUGUCCGGAGAACAAGUGCCGCCAUCCCCCCACCCCGGGGCACGGCAGAAACCUACGGGUGCCCCAUUAGAAAUUCUGCCAAACACAACACACACGUGUACCAACCUACCCAAUAUAAAAACCUACCAAACCUACCCAAUAUAAAACCUACAGUGCCCUCCCCACACCCAAUGGCCUAUGUUGCCGCGGGUUACCCAAUAAAAAAAAAAAAAAAAAAAAAAAAAAAAAAAAAAAAUAAUAAUAUGUGUGAAUUAUAUUUCUGAUUUAAAAAAUAUAGUUUUAAAUUGUAAUACACAAUAUUAUACCUAUUCUACUUAUUAUUAGAUUUAAGCUUUCAUAGUUAUGUAUGAAUAAUAUUCUAUGUUUUUUUGUUUGUACAUUUUUUUAUGUUCAGGUUAUCUCAUACAGUUAUACCCACUUAACCCGACAGCUUUAGUUAUAACAAUAUCAUCAACUAUUUAAAUUAGGCUUUUCCCCUCAAAUGUUACAUACCGCGUUCUGUAUGGAGUUAAUUUUAAAUUGCAAUUGUGACAUCGCACCUCUAGAACAAAACUGGAACAAUUAAAAAUCAUAAAUUUUUACUCUUGAGUUAUGAGUUACAUUCGAAUGAAAAAAAAUAGCUAUAUACUAAAAAUCUGCGUAUAGUCAGUAUUGAAUUAUAUAAUUUUUAGAUAAUUUUCAAAGCAAGAGGGCCAUAUUUAACUUUAUGGCCAUUUACAUAUUUUAAUGUAUCCAAUUAAUCACUGAAGUCAAAAUUCAAGACUGCCUUAUUUGGAUUUGUGGCGUUCAUGCGCUAGAUAAAAGCCAAUUAUUUUUGUUUGUGAUAAUUUCGAGUGCAAUACAUCAAUAUUUUGAGUUGUGGUGGUAUUGUAUUUUAUAAUUUGUGAUAUUGUAGCUGCAAUACAAAAUUUGACUGUUUUUUUAUUUAUAGAUAUAAAGGUUUUACUGUAUCAUCUCAAAAUAUAGAGCCAUCUUGCAUUUACUUAAAACAUCGAAAAAGACCAUAAUUCUAACUCUUUGGGUUUAUGAGAUAUUUCAUAAUAUUUUAAAAAUUCAUAUAAUAUUGUAAAGUAUGUUCGCAAGUAUUUAAGUUUCUCAUUCCAAACGCAUAGGUAAAGAACUCUUUAAAAUAUCUUAAAUUUAAACUUCAAAUCGAUUUUUCUCAAAACUAUAUAUUUUGAGUUGUGGCAGUAUAAUUGUUUUAGAGGUGUGAUAUAUCAUCAUAAUAAUUAUCAUAGGAAACCCGGGGAAGGGCUAAGUUUCUUUUUAUGAAAUUAGCCAGAGUUCAGAGAUGCGUAAAAAUUUCUAAGUUUAUUAAAAGGUUUCAAAUACUCCAUUUCAAAGACACCUCAGCCGAAAAAAAAACAAACAAGACAUUAAUUAAUUAAAUAUAUGAAACUAUUGAAAAAAACAACGACGACAUAUUUGAUAUUUAAUAAAUAACUAAAGUUAAGUAGAAAGUACAUUUCAUUUAUUACAAAAAUAUUGAACUGUUUAACUAGACUCUACAUAAUAUAAUAAUAUGUUAUCAGUAUAAAAUAUGCAGAAUUUUAAAAUAAAAGUUACAAUAUGAAUUAGAAAAUAUUAUCCAACUCGGUCAAAUUCCAAAUUGUUCUAAAAUAAUAUCAAUUGAACAGUAAGUUAAUUUAAAAGGAGAUUUAUAAUUGUAUUUAAAUAUUUAUAGUUUAUACCCUUGAAUUAAAGUUUCACAAUAACAGCCAAUAAAGGGAAAGUCAAUACUUACUCUUAACUCUUGACAAUUAUUAUUAUUAUAUUAAAAUAAGGAUUUUUCAUUAUUUAGUUGUAAAAAACUAACUUAAAACUAUUAUAUUUUUUUGUCUUAAAUUUUAAUAUAAUAUUAAUUUUAUAUUAUUAUUUGUUCCUUUUUAUUUUUCAUUUUAUUUAUUUUAUUAACUACUAAAUCAAAAUGUAUUUAUUCCCAUAUAACUCACGUCAUGUAAGCUCAAAUUUUUAGUUUCAUACCUAAAUAUGUCUUACAUUGUACAUAACCUAUUUGUUAUUAUUAUUAUUAUAUUAAGACAUAUUGAAAACAAUUUACAACAUAUUAUUAUUUAUUAUUGUAAUGAUUAUUGAAUAAAUAUAGGUAUUUUUAAAAAAUAGCAUCCAUUGUAGCUGGUUUUGAAUACCUACCUAUAAUUAAUUUAUCAUAGGUAUUCUUACUGGUAAUAUAACAACUUAUUUUAUUUGAGGAAGUUAUUAAAUAAUGUAUAAUAUAUAAAUCUGGAAUGUAAAAAUAAAUCAAAACCAUUCUUGUAACUAUAAUUCAAAAUUAUUGUAUUAUACAGCUAUAAUUCCGUUAAAAUGUUCACGUAGCAAAAAAUAUUUUUAUAAAUUGGCUACUUAUGUAAAUAUAGGUAUUUAUUAUGUACAUUAAAUAUGCACACUGCACAGUGUACAUAAUAGUAUAUUAGUAUCAAUAUAAUGUUGUAAUAUGUCAGUCUAUAUUACUAAUUACAUUUUAUGAAAUGAUUCCUAUUAAUGUAAAUUAUUGUAAAAUAAACUAUUAGUAUAUAGUAAUACAGUAGGUUAAAUUCAAUUUUACAGAAAACAUUACAUUUGUCAUUGAGUGUGUAAAAUAUAAUAAUAUACUUAAAAAGU